CCCGGAGCUGGUUAUUGACUGGUCCGUGGUUGGUUACUGAAAGAACUAAACAGAACAAAAUGCGAAUAGUAACUUAGAUCGAUUAGUGGAAGCAUGGGAGGAAGACAUACGUUACACAUUGUGGGUGCAGUUUUAAUUUUAAUACAAGCAACAUGUUGUCUUCAAGUGAAAAAAUUCCCCUUACUUAUGCCCAAUGUCUAUCCUGACAGGGAAGAAUCAUACUUCUGCACUCCCGUACGCGUAGUCCCUGACAAAAGUUUUUACAUCGUCGGUUUUGAGCCCGUUGCGACAAUGGAUGUCGUCCACCACAUGAUUGUUUUUGGAUGCUCAAAACCUGGAACUACUGAUCCGUUUUGGGAUUGCGGGGAAAUGGCGUCGGAUUCUAGUUCAACUUUACGAAAAGCUAAUCCUUGCGCAGAAGGCUCAAAUGUAAUUUAUGCCUGGGCUUUGAAUGCAAAACCACUGCAACUUCCCGAAAACGUUGGCUUUCAAGUCGGGGAAGGUUCAAAAAUUCAGUACUUAGUCCUACAAAUUCAUUACUCCAAGAAAUUUAAAGAAAAUGAAAGUGAUAACUCCGGCUUGAAUCUCAUAUACACGGAGGAACCACAAAGUAAAUUAGCUGGAGUUUUGUUGCUGGGAACUGGCGGUGCUAUUCCUCCCCGUUCUGUAACACACAUGGAGACGCUCUGUCAAAUUAGGGAGAAGAAAACUAUUUAUCCCAUUGCCUAUAGAACGCAUACGCACAGUUUGGGCCAAGUUGUGUCCGGUUACAGUGUACGUAGGGACAAAUCUGGGGUCGACCAUUGGUCACUUUUAGGGAAACGCAACCCUAACACGCCCCAAAUGUUUUAUCCAAUUUUUAACAAAGGCCCGAUACGAUACGGAGACCGACUUGCGGCUAGAUGCACGAUGGAUAGCACUAACCGUACCGACUACACUAUCGUAGGCCCUAAACAUGAUAAUGAAAUGUGCAAUUUUUACAUAAUUUAUUACGUGGAGGAAGGCACACCACUGGACAUGAAAUAUUGCAUAUCUGAAGGACCACCUUAUUUUUACUGGCGCAACGAGGAAAACGACUUGAAUAACAUUCCAGAUGACGAGGCAUCCAAUUUAAUUUAAACGACCAAAGCAGUUGUGACAAUUCAUAGUCGAAAAAAUACGAAAAAUAUAUCUCAUAUCGUGUUAUA